GCUGAGAAAAAUGUAAAAGUCAAAACAAAAUGUCAAAAGCAAAACCAACAACAACAACAAAAAAAAGAGUUGUUAUCAACUGUCAAAAUAAUUUUUGAAGACGAAGGUUAAAAAUGGCACUCUGAAGAAAGACCACCUGAUCCGGUAAAAUUAAUAAAAAAAAAAAUAUUUAAAAAUUUAUUCUUCAAAAUCAUAAUUAAAGUGCUUAUAAAAAUUCAACUGUGUUAAUAGACUAGUUGAUUUAAUAAAAAAAUGUAUAAAAACGUAUCCGAAGUUCUGUUGAAAAAAUCAUUUCAAGUGUCCCGAAGAAAUGCUGACUGUGCUGAUUGUGCCACUACCAAAAAACCCAAUCAAGAAGACAUCGAAAACCAAUCUCAGGGACACGAACACGAAAUAAAUUACACGGGGGACGACGACAAGGGCAAUGACAACGCCAACAGAAGUGCCGCCGACGAAGUUGCCAAUCAGAUUAAUAUCGAUGAAUAUUCCAAUGUGGAAUUUCGUGUGAAAUCUUCAGCGAAAAAAAUUCCUAGAGUCAAUGAGCGAGAUAUUCCUGAAGAUGAAUUUACAUUACACCCAGAUGAUGUCAUUGCAGCGAGAUUUGAAGAAUAUGGACAUACGCCACCAAGGACAAGAAUGAAUAAAAAAAACCGUGAUUGGGAAAGGAAGCAAAAACCUAAUGAUCCAGUUCCAAAACGAGGAAUGAGUCGUCCAACUAGAUCCAGAGUAUUAAGGCGUAAUACAAUGGAUUGUGCCUUAUUAAAUGAAAUAUUUGUUGAUGAAGAAGUCAAACGAAAUGAUAAGCGAUCGCAAGCUCUAAUACGUGAAGCUGAAAGAGAAAUGAAAACAGCAGCGAUACUUCAACAAACUCGAGUGGCCAGCUUCCAUGAGAUGAAUCCUGAAAGUGUUGACAGUUUAACAGGAAAUUCUUGUUGUCGAACUUCCGAAGUGCCUACUUUUAUUGAAUCUUGUAACCGUUAUAUGAGUGUAUCGUCUAGGCCUAUUGGUUGUCGCUCUUCAGCGCCACCAUUAGCCUUUGCCAUGAAUCUUGGAAUGGCUGUCAAAGAAACGCCAGCAUUGCAUACACGAAAAGAAUUUCAUGAAACUUUUGCGAAUUUAAUUAAAUUGGGUAGUAUUGAUCGUCAAGAAAUUAAGCCCACACAAGAAGAACACACAUGGCAGACAGAGCUGAAAGAUCUCAUCUGGCUUGAAUUGCAAGCUUGUCAAGCAGAUCGAACCAUGGAACAACAGGACAGAUUUUUAUUCUCAUCGCGGCAAGGUGUUCCUGAUCUUUUAAAUGAGAUCAUAAAUUACAAAUUUCGACCUUUAUAUAAAAGAGAACUAAGUACAGUAAGUACUGACAGCGGGUUAAGUACCGGAUCGGGAAGUGACACUACCUCUAAGUUGGAUUCUCCGUCUGUAAAUCCUUGCCAAGGCUGCAUGUCCCUCUAUUGUAGAGAUUGUGCUGAACAACAAAGAGUUGCUUUCAAAGAAGUUGAAGAACUUCUAACUCGCCUUGAAGCUGCCGAAGCUCUUUAUCCCUCAUCAAACACUAUGGGUAGCUUCCAUCCCGUUUAUAAAAGUGAAAGUUUUGUUAGUCGGAUAAAAGCAAUGUGCUUGUGGUAUAAUAUAACUCGACAAACUCGUCUUAAACUUAUGAUUUUGGGUACAAUAUUUACAAGAUUGCAAGGUGAAAAAUUCAAUUGGCCUGUUAAAACAGCAGCAACAACAACAGAGAGUACAUCUUCAUCUUCGGGUUUGGAAAACGAAGAUUCAGCUGUAUAUUCUACUGAAUCAAAAAGUUCCGCCAAAGAAUUCCAACCACGAAUACCUAAAGUUCAAUUCCAAGUAGAUGAAAAAUCCUAUGUAACUCCUUCAAGUAGUACUGAUUCUACAUCGACCACAGGUUCGAACCAUCGUUCGGAGUAUCAGGAAUUCACAGAACGUGUUAAUACAUUUAGUUUCUCCCACAUUGAGCCCCUAGUAAACGUGUGCGCUGGUACUGGAAAAAAUUCCACAACCUUAUACAGAAAAUUUAUCGAAAACGUACUUAAAUCAAAGGGUUUGGCCAAAGCACAAUCAUUCCUUCAACGCUUGCACAGUUUAGUUCUACACAAGGCGCAAUUGUCUUUAGAAAAAGUCGGCGCCGAAGAAGAUGAUUAUGAAAACGAUCUACAUGAUAAAGAUCUACCUCGCAUAGAACCUGUAAUAAAUAAAGAACAAAUUGACGAACUACGUCGCUAUGGAUACUGGAGCCCAGAAGCCAAAUCAAUGGGUUUACCUUCGUACAUUCCCACAUUUGUUUUUCUCAGUAUUAUUCCAUUGGAGUUUAUGCAUGAGUUUUUGCGAAUGCGUCUUGAGACACGGCCACAAAAACCAAAUCCUCUUAGUCUAAAACAAUUAAUGAAAGAACUUCGUGAGGGCUUAACCCUUGCUCUUACCCAUCGAGAGAAUUAUCACAGACACAUAACUUCAGCAUUGCAAGAAAACGAAGAAGAAUUGGAGAAAUAUUUAAAAAUAUUGGAUCAAUUUGAUUCCACUGUGAAGACUACAUUUGGAGUGUAUCUAGAUUAUGUUGAUCAAAUGGUUAUAGAAGCAUCAUCGGAAAGUCAUCAGAAAUCAGCUUUGGAAAAAGAAUGGAUGUUCACUAAACUUGUUAGUCCAAUGAUUCAUGGAAUGCAUGCAUUGGCAACUAAAAAAUUUUGUUUAGUGAUUCGAAAACUUCUAAGCAACAUCAGUGAACGUCUUGUACAAAAAGUCCAUGAACUCGAUACUAAAAUUGAAACAACAAAUUCCCACCCCGAAGACAAAAAGAAAGAUCUCUUCCAAAUAUGUCGUGACACUCAAUGUUUUUUCACCUCCGAACGAGAGAGUUCCCUAAAAAUUCUAUUCUUUGCCAAAACAUUUUGCCGUGACGUCGAACAUUCCGACUUUCAUCGCGAACACUACGAAGAAUACCUUAAUCGAAAUAAAUUAAAUAAUUUCGUUUGUCCUGCCGUCAAACAAGAAUUUAAGUUGGUUCAAAAAGAUGUUCUCGAAGUGCGAGAUAGACUUAAGCAAAUAAUCGAACGUAUUCAACAACAGUGUUGUGUUCGAAAUAUUAUUGAAUUAGACGAACAAGAUCGUCAAUCUGUAUUCUCCGGAUAUCGUGAAGUCUUGCAUCAAGGAUUUAAAUUUGGUUUUGAAUACAACAAAGAUGUCAUUCGAUUGUUCGAACAGAAGAUUAUGAAAAAUCGUGAUAUAACGUCUGACAAAAAUCUUGCCUUAGGAAUUGUUGCCUUUUCGAAAAUGUGGAUGGAGUUUGUUACGGAACGUUGCGAACGAGGACGAGGUGUUCGUCCUCGAUGGGCUUCUCAAGGUCUAGAGUUUCUUAUAUUAGCUUGUGAUCCUCAAAUAACACGAUUCCUCGACGAUCAUCAGUUUGAGGAAUUAAAACACAAAAUGGACCAUUGCAUAUCACAUGUGAUUGGAAUCAACUCGGAACCGGAGAAAACAAAGAAAAAAGCUAGUCCACGGACACGUAAGACAUCUUCUCCUGUAACUAGUCGAUCACGAACACCCACACGAUCUCCUCUAUCAGCUGGAGUAGGUGUAGAUUACUCAUCACAAAAGUUCCUCCAUCCACAGUUGAGUUUAAAAGAAGAACCAUCUUCUCCAUCGGAUUACAGUUCAGUUGAUACCCCGGAUUGCGAUUCAACAAACUUAAAUACCAUAAGACUGAUAGUUCCGAGUAGAAUGGGAUUAGAUAGUCUAGUAUUGCGGCAAAUACGGGUUCGAGAUGCCGUCAAUCGGUUGGAUAUGGAGAUUGAAAAUGCAUUGCGAAGCAAGAAUCUUAUCGGUCAGGUUAAGGCUUUAAAUACUUGUGACAAAAUUCAGAUACGGGCAAGAAGUGUGAAUUUCCAUUGGCAUCGAGGAAUUAAGAUUGGCCAAGGCCGUUUUGGAAAAGUCUACACAGCUGUGAACAACUCAACAGGGGAGCUUAUGGCCAUGAAAGAAAUUGCAAUCCAACCUGGCGAAACUCGAGCUUUGAAAAAUGUUGCCGAUGAAUUGAAAAUUCUGGAAGGUAUUACACAUCGUCAUCUUGUUCGUUAUUAUGGAAUCGAAGUGCACAGAGAGGAAUUACUUAUUUUUAUGGAACUUUGUCCAGAAGGAACACUAGAAUCACUUGUUGAGGUGUCCGAUAUCUUUCCAGAGGGUCUUACUCGACGUUUUACAGCCCAAUUGCUUUCGGGUGUACAAGAAUUGCAUAAACAUGGCAUUGUACAUCGUGAUAUAAAGACUGCAAAUAUAUUCCUAGUCGAUGAGAGCAAUAGCCUUAAAUUGGGUGAUUUUGGUUCUGCGGUACAAAUUCAAGCUUAUACCACAGUGCCUGGUGAAUUACAGGGACAUGUUGGAACACAUGCAUAUAUGGCUCCGGAAAUGUUUACAAAAUCUUACAGCGAUGGACAUGGUCGUGCUGCUGAUAUAUGGUCAGUGGGUUGUGUUGUUAUUGAAAUGGCUUCAGGAAAACAUCCUUGGUGGCAAUAUGAUUCUGGUCAUCAAAUUAUGUUCAAAGUGGGAAUGGGUGAAGCUCCAAAAGCACCAGAUACUUUGUCACAGGAGGGACAUGAUUUUCUACAAAUGACUUUGCAACAUGAUCCUAAAAAACGUUGGUCAGCAGUUCAGCUAUUGGAACAUAACUUUUGCAAGGUUAUAGAUGAAGAUUGUCAUAUACAAGACCGCGGUCGACAUUCAUUUCGGAGGAGCUAUUAAUCGAUUAUAAAGAUAAACCUUGUUGAAUGUUAUCUAUAUGUGUACCUACUUGACUUCAUUUCGUGUAGAUGAUAACGAAAAACAAAAUACCGCUGUUGGCGGACUUAUAAAAUGCAUUUGUUCAUAAGACGGGAUUAAUAAUUUAAUUAUAUAUAUAUUUUUACUUUAAAUUUUAAA